AUGUUCUACAGCCACGAAAUCCUCACAUCGCCAGAGCAUGGCGUCGCAACGAUCUGGCUAGUUGCAACUCUCGGAUCGCGGUCCAUCGCAAGAAGAAUUAACCGAAAGGCUAUACAGGAUGUGGACGUGCCGGGUGCAUGCAGGGUUAUCAUCGACCCGGAGGCGCCGAUGGCACUGCGACUUCAGGGCAGCUUGCUAUACGGCGUUUCGCGCGUCUUCAACCAGCAGUGCGGAUACACUUUGCUUGAUGCCCAGACGAUGCAUGACAAGAUGAUGUCUAUGCUGAAGAUUGUGCGGGGUGCUGGUUUGGAUCCCAGCGCCGGGAAGUCAAAGCCGGGGAGUCUCAAUCUGCCAUACGACCCUACCUUCCUCCCCGAGACCGGUUUACCCGGCAUGGACAUCGAUAUCAUCUUGCUCGACGCGAUUACAGACGAAAGCUCCUAUCAAUAUUCCAGUAUCUGGUCUAAAUCACCUGCGAACAGUUAUUCCAGCGGGUCUCACAUUGGACCUCUCCAGCUGGACCUUCCCCAGGAUGACCUUAUCGAGGGUAAUGUGUUGUCCGGGCUGGACAACGAUAUCAACGAUUUUGCACAGAAGCAAGGUCUGUUCGGCAGGAAGAAACAGGCGGGACUGGGAGAUGAAGAAGGUGUUCUACUGCAUCCUGAUUUUGAAUUCGAUGAUAAUGGAGAUAUCAUUGAAUUUGAUGUGAGCAGGGUGUCCCCUCACAGGAGAAGACCAACUAGUCUCGAUCCACGCCGAAGCCAGGGUCCUGGCAUCCAAAAAGCCCAAGAUGAUACAGGUAUGGUAGUUGCCGACGACGGCGCAGUAUUCGUCCGUGAGAAUGACAUGAUGGACAUCGAUGUCGCGCCCAUGAAUGAAAUCGCCUUGCCAGGAGAAAAGGUUCUAGCUGAAGAGAUGGGUCUCAGUGAGCCCAUGGAGAGAGAAAGAAGAGUCAACCAGAGAACCAGAGAGGCCAAAAUCCUCGCUACGGACGUCGUCACGACCCUGCGAAACACAGACCUGGCUCGAUGGAACAACGAAUACAAAGCAAACAUGGUGCAAGCCGCAAAGCAGAAGCAGUUGAACAAAUUGCCUACGAUUGCGAAGAAAAACGCAGCCUACUGGGUCUUCGGCAAGGGAAUCGGCGCAGUGGGAAAGGAACUCGACAUCCCGCAUAUAAUUCACCCGCUCAAGUCUUACUCAGGCGAGGAGCUAUACGACACUCUUUGUUCCGAAACUGGGCGCAAACGGAGACGGACACACAAUACCGGGGAUGAUAGUGAUUCAGACGAGCAUGAUCGUCGAGUACGGCCUCGGGAGGAACAUAAUGAUCCCAUGGAAGUCGAAGUUGCGCGCCACGCCCCAUCCAGUGUGCUAGAUGACCAUUCCUCCCUGAUGCCAUGGAACACCAUUGCAUCAAUUGAGAGCUCUCGUCGAGGUCAGCGCUUCAGAAGCGGAAGCGAGCUCUCCUACGGUUCGAGACGCCACGGCCGUAUCACAAGUGCAAGUCCACUGGCCGGGCGAGGCUUGUUACUCAAUCGUGAUAGAGACAGCAGCCUCGACAUUCCAGGAAAUGUAGGCGACGACCUGGAUGAUCUCGACAUCACCAGAUACCUCGAAGCCGAAUUGUCCCCGGACAAAGGAGAUAUCAGUGAUAUCGACCGCCGGAAGAACAAUGCUGAUCAGCGCAUUGCGAAUAUGCUGGACCAAGGCACUCUGAACUUCUGGGAUUUCCUCAAAGAAAAGAUGCUCCCAUCCAAGGCCGGCCGUAUUGAAUUCGAAACUUUGCUUCCGCCCAAGGAGACCUCGCGCGCGGUGGCUACGCAAGCUUUCAUGAAUGCGCUCACGCUUGCAACGAAGGGCGCGAUCAGCGUCGGUCAGGAGAUAUAUGAAGAUCAGGGCUCCACAAGCUGGGGUACUCGUUAUCGAUAUGGUACGAUCUGGCUGGGAGCGCCCGGCAGCCACGGUUGA